AUGUCGAGUGUCGUUCAAACUAUUGCUGCCAGCGUUGGGGGGCGUUUCCUCCUUCUCGGAUGCGCAGAUGGUCUCAGGGCGUAUGAUGUCCAUUCAUUGGGGAUCGUGAAAAAAAUAAUUCCAAGUGCGGGCGAGACGCCAGCAACUCGCGGUUGUCGUGCGGUGGGUGGCCCCGUACGUGUGGUUGCUGUUCUUGGUGAAACCCCGCUGAUUGCAUUUGUGCUUGAGGGUGGUGUGACGUCCGAGUUGGUUUCCGAAGGGGAAUUGGAGGGAGCAGCAGUGAGUGGCAGGUCGACCUCGUCUGUAGCAUCGACCUCGCGUGUUCUUUGCCUGUACGAUGCGUCCAAGGGUCAGAGAAUGGCGGAGUUGCACUUUGAGACUGAAGUAGUAGGAAUUCAGAUGAACACGAGGCGCCUGGUCGUUGCUCUGGUGGAGUGCAUCCACGUCUUUGACCUUUUAACUCUGGAACGCCUUGCGGAGUUGCGCACGGCAUCCCCGCCAAACCCAAAUGGUCUUCUUGUGCUCUCAGAACUGACAACCAACGUCCAUGGCGAAGCUGUCAGCUAUUUGGCAUUCCCGCAGUCGGACCAGGGGUAUGGGGAUGUGUGGGUGGCCCAAAUCACUGAGAAGCCGAUGGAUCGUGAGGGAGAAUGGACGGAUGUGGUGAACGCCUCUGGCGGGAAGCGAUGCGGUUUUGUUGAGCGCGUUUCUAUUGUAAAGGCACAUCAUCGUGCGGUGGUAUGUAUGGCAAUGACGCGGGACGGCACGAGACUUGCCACAGCCUCGGAGCGAGGUACAACAGUAAAAGUUUUUGAGCCUUCUUCUGCCCGGCUGUUGUGCCAUUUUCGCCGCGGUGUGAAAGCUGCACGGAUGCUUUCUCUCUCAUUUGACACAUCGUGUGCUUCGUCGGGACUGCGGCUUGCCGCUCUGAGUAACCGGGGUACGCUGCAUGUUUUUCGAUGUUCCUCCACAGGCGGUAGUGAAUUAGUAGUCCAUGAGUCAUUGCUACCAUACACUGGCUCGGAAAUGCGGAGCUUUGCUCAGGUGACGGUGGGUAAGGCGUCCACUGCGUCGUGUGCGUCACCGAGUCUUGGUUUGAAUUGCACAAUGGGACACGAAUUGCAGUGCUGCUUCUUCUCCCAGGAUGGACAAUUUGUGUAUGUCGUGCUCCCGGCGCCGUGUGUCAUGGAGGAGAAUACGGCUCGCAUACAGGAUGCAGCAGGCAGUGGCGUUUCUUUGCUGAGCGAACUGAAGGCAGAUGUUGGCGCCCGUUGGAUGCUGCAGAAGUACGCCAUCCACAUGCACGGGUGUGAACUCGUGAACUCGCACGUGCUGAACUGA